GGGAUUGGAGGGCAGGAGGUGACGUCACUUUAGGUGGCCUUCCUCUCGAGCGCCCGUCGGGAGGGGCUCGAAGUUCGCAGGGCUCCCGAUCACCCAGCCCUUGCAAGUACUAUGAGGUCGGUUAGCUACGUGCAGCGCGUGGCGCUGGACUUCAGCGGGAGCCUCUUCCCCCACGCAAUCUGCCUGGGAGACGUCGAUAACGAUACGUUGAAUGAACUGGUCGUGGGAGACACCAGCGGAAAACUGUCCGUGUAUAAGAAGGACGACAGCCGGCCAUGGGUCACCUGUUCCUGCCAGGGGAUGCUGACUUGUGUUGGCGUUGGAGAUGUGUGCAACAAAGGAAAGAACCUGGUGGUGGCAGUGAGCGCCGAAGGCUGGUUUCACCUGUUUGACCUGACACCUGCCAAGGCCCUGGAUGCGUCUGGGCACCAUGAGACACUCACGGGAGAGGAGCCGCGGCCAGUGUUCAAGCAGCACAUCCCUGCCAACACCAAGGUCAUGCUGAUCAGCGACAUCGAUGGAGACGGGUGCCGCGAGCUGGUGGUGGGUUACACCGACCGUGUGGUGAGGGCCUUCCGCUGGGAGGAACUGGGCGAAGGCGGCGAACACCUGACCGGGCAGCUGGUGUCCCUCAAGAAAUGGAUGCUGGAGGGUCAGGUGGACAGUCUCUCCGUGACUCUGGGGCCGCAGGGGGUUCCUGAGCUGAUGGUUUCUCAGCCUGGCUGUGCCUAUGCAGUCCUGCUGUGUACCUGGAACCAGGACGCUGGGUCCCCUCCCACCUCUGAGGGGGCCGCAGAGGGCAGCAGGGAGACCCCAGCUGCCCGGGAUGUGGUACUGCACCAGACAUCUGGCCGAAUUCACAAUAAGAACGUCUCCACUCACUUAAUUGGCAACAUCAAACAAGGCCACAACCCAGAGAGCCGUGGCUCUGGCCUCUUUGCCCUGUGCACCCUGGAUGGGACGCUAAAGCUGAUGGAGGAGGCGGACAAGCUGCUGUGGUCGGUGCAGGUGGAUCACCAGCUUUUUGCCCUAGAGAAGCUAGAUGUCACGGGCAAUGGCCACGAGGAGGUGGUUGCGUGUGCCUGGGACGGACAGACGUACAUCAUCGAUCACAACCGCACUGUCGUCCGCUUCCAGGUGGAUGAGAACAUCCGGGCUUUCUGUGCAGGCCUCUACGCCUGCAAAGAAGGCCGCAACAGCCCCUGCCUGGUGUACGUCACCUUCAACCAGAAGAUCUAUGUGUACUGGGAGGUGCAGCUGGAGCGGAUGGAGUCCACCAACCUGCUGAAGCUGCUGGAGGCGGAGCCAGAGUUCCGCAGCCUGCUGCAGGAGCUGGGCACCGAUCCCAACGACCUUCCUGCGGCCCGCGCCCUGCUUCACCACACCCUCUACCAUCCGGACCAGCCGCCACAGUGUGCGCCCGCAAGCCUCCAGGACCCCACCUAGGUCCACCCAGGUGCACGUGCUUCUUCGCUGGCAAAGGAUCCAUCUGAGCCCCACUCCCACCCCCAGAGAUUUCCAUGGUAUUGGCAGAAUAGGGAACAUGGGUUACUGAUGAACAUGAUCCGACCCGGGGCACGGAAGGAUGGUGACAGCCUGAGGGCGACCGGAACUAUAGACCUCAUAGUCUUUGUGGUGAAGGAAGACACAAGUUGACCCCUCCGCCCUUUCUGGGUGGCCCUCACACAUUACACCAGCAGGGUCUAAGACUCUGGCCUUGUUCCAAAUCAUUUGGGAUUCCCCCACCACCACUCUCCCUAUGUGGGAAACAGAGGUUUGUUGGAGAGGAAGGAGUGCAUGUCUUUUUGUGUGGCCCCAGCACCCCUAAGAAAACCAGGCUUCAGGCCGAGAAGAGCACGGAAGGUUGAGGUGAGGCUGCACCCCAGCCUAAGCGCUAGCUCCCCGGCCCAGCUGCAGGUCACUGUCAUCAAGAGGGACCACAGGCAUUUGCUUCGCACUGUGGGAUCUUGCUGGCCAUUUUACAGUCUGGUCUUGUGUUCCUGGCAGCCCUGAGACAAUCGAUUUUCCUCCAUCUACUGAAGCAGCCAGAUUGGUGCUUUCUUAUCCUACCACAGUUCCUCAAGCCGAGUGCUGUUCUUCCCAUUUCCCUGUCACGCUCUCCCCACCAAAACACCGCAUUGUCGCUGAGACAAUAGACAUUCGCAGUCUGAUGCAGGUUUAUGACCCAGACCACAACAGAAUUAUGUCUUGGGCCAUGUAUGUUCCUUCUGCUCUUGAUUCUCUGUCCCCUUAAUCAGCGUUUUUUCAAAUUGUAGAUUGCAGUCCUUUGGAGGGUUGUGGCCAGCAUGUUCGAAGUAAAUGAAGUAGGAUAGAAAGAAAAUUGAAAAUGGCAGGAGUAUGCUAUUCACAGUGUGGGUCAGUGUUAUAGCUGUAUGUGAUGUGGUACUAAAUGCUGUCCUCUUAAAAGUGCACAGAAAAUGGAAUUAAAAGAAAAGUUCAUGGAGUAGGCAUUGGGCUCGGGGUCAAGAUGCCCCUUGGAAUAUCUGCAUCGUGUACUGGAGUGCCUGUGGCCAAGUCCUGGCUGCACUGCUGACUCCAGCUCCCUGCUAAUGCAUGCCCUGGGAGGCAGCAGUGAUGGCUCGAGUGCUUGGGUCCCUCCACCCAUGUGGGAGACCCGGAUGGAGUUCCUGGCUUUUGGCUUUGGCCUGGCCCAGCCCCAACUAUUGUGGACAUUUGGAAGUAAUCUAGUGGGUAGAAGAUCUCUGUGUCUCUUGUCUUUUCUCUGUGUCUCUCUCCAUCUCUCUCUCCACCUUUCAAAUAAAAUGAAAAUAAAUAAAAAUUUUAAAAGAUAA